AAUCAAAAAAGAGCUAGAGAACGAGAAAGGUAUUCUUUUCAUUUUUUCCCUGUUUUCUGACACAAUCAAAUGGAUGCUUUACUUUACUACGAUAGCUCUGGUUCAGAUGACGAGGGAAGUAAGCUUAGAUCAGUUCAAACUGAAGCGAAAGACAAAAAAGAACUUAAACAAUCAUCUAAGAAUUUUGACAAUAUUCAUGACAACAAGAACAAACUUUUGCCUGAAAAAAGCUGUGAUCUCCAAAAUGGACGGAAAAAUAUCACAAAUCAAGGAGCUGUAGUGAGUUCUGGUUCAACAGAAACAGUAAAAGGAUAUUCACGAUUAACUCAAGGGCAGUCUUACUUCGCUAAAGCAAGUGUUUUUUCGCUCAACACCAGCAUCACUACGAGUAGUAGAUGUAGUUAUAUAUGUAAGGAAAAAAAUGAAAUCAAGGGAAAAGCAUCUGAUGCUGGGCCAAUGAGGAAGAAUCCAGAAGACAGGACUACAAGCUUGGGAGCAAGACCCAAACCAUAUAUCUCUAAAAGAGAAAGAGAAAAACUCAAAGAGACAGUAGAGCCAGGGAUUUCAAAAUCACAAGUGGUUGCUUGUGAUAAUAAUUUAGACAAUACAGAAAUGCAGAGAACCGAAAAUGUGGAUGGUUGUAAUGUGAACAAUAAGCCUCCUCGGAAAGUUUGGACUCAAUUCAUGGGUCAUUCACAGUGUGUGAAUCACAUCAAAUGGAACCCAAAGAAACAGAAUUUGCUUGCUUCGGCAUCAAUGGACCAGACAGUAGCAAUAUGGGACACUAAUAGAAGUGGAGUCUGUUUGAGCAGGCUCACAUACCAUGGGGGGGCUGUAAAAGAUGUCAAAUGGAGUGCCUGUGGGAGUCAGGUGCUUAGCUGUGGAUAUGAUAAGCGUGCCAGGCUUGUGGACCUUGAAACUGGGAAACAGAUCAAUAGUUUUCAGCACCAGGGGUAUGUGACUUGUGUGCAGUUCCACCCCACAGACCCUAACACAUUCUUAUCUGGUACAUCAAGACAUGGAAUAUUCUCUUGGGACAUCAGAGAUAAUAAGAUAGUAUCAUCAUAUCAAGCAUCGUUUGGCCAGGUUCAGGAUGUAGCUUUCCUUCCUGAUGGUGAGCAGUUUAUCUCAGCUGCUGAAGUUCUUCGACGAAAUGCAACCGACAAGGGUAUUAUGGUCUGGGACUUUAAGACUACAGCAAUUAUGUCUAAUCAAAUAUACCAGGAAGCAUUUACCUGUACUUGUCUUCGUGUUCAUCCCAGUGGAUCGUACUUUGUUGCACAGUCUAAUGGUAACUACAUGGCAAUAUUUUCAACAAAGAGACCUUACAAGCUCAACAAGUAUAAAAGAUAUGAGGGCCAUCAGGUUGCAGCAUAUUCUAUUGGGUGUGACUUCAGUCCAGACGGAACAUUGGCCAUCUCCGGGUCUGCCGAUGGUAAAAUGUAUAUCUACAACAGCCAUACAUCUCGUAACAUUUCAUCUCUGUCUGCUCACCCAUCAGUAUGUAUUGAUGUUACUUACCACCCCUCCUUACCAUCAACUGUUGCAAGUUGUACUCUGGAUGGACAAAUUGUAAUUUGGGUCUAAAUCAUCUAAACUGAGUUUCUGGUAAUUACAGGAUAGAAUUCUAUCUAUCACGGAUUUUCUCUCUAUUGCGCAGUAAUAAAAAUAAUGCCCCUACCUUAUUCUGUGUCAGCAUAGCAAGAGAGAGACUUCCUCCCCCACUUCUAUUUUUUCCUCUACUUUCCUCCCUCAAAUAUCCCCCACCCCUCCCCCAUCCCCCCAUCAUCCUUGGGAAUAAUAUAAUAUUAAAAUAUAAUUAUAACAUCUUGAAAAUUUAUUUUAUUGUUUUUC